AUGGCUACCUCAACACUGACUCAACUGGAACCCAAAUCUCUAAUUCGGCCAACACACUGGUCUAAAGAAGUCGAGAAUGCCUAUCGUUUUCAACUAGCUGGCUAUCGAGAUGAGAUGGAAUACAAAAAACUUCGACAAGUAGUUGAGGUUGAUGUAUGGCCAGAUAGUGGUUUCGUGAAAAAACUACAACGUCGUAAAGAUGGAUUCUUCUAUUAUUUCGAUAAACUUCGCGAAUGUCCAGAUAAAGAAAUACAUAAAUCAAUUUUGAAAAAGCUGUUCGUCGACAAUUAUACAAACUAUUUACCUGCUGGUUAG